AUAAGAAGAGCAUAGCGCGAGCUCGCGGCAGUCAGGUGAUUUAAAGUGGCUCUGAAAGAAAAUGGCUGCACUUGUGCUGCUUGUGUUGAUGCUGGUGAGCGGUGUUUCCUCAAGUGAGUCGACAGAAGACGCCACUUAUUUAAAUGCCACAGCUCUCAGACAGCUAAUCAUCGAGUCUGCUGAAGAAACUCUUCAUAUGAUCAACGACACCUCCAACAGACAAAGACGCAGCCUGAGUUCCUCCUCUCAGCGGGUUGCGUUCCACCGGAGGACUGAACCAGAAAGUCUGGAGAUCGCCCGAGCGGCCACGGCCUUCCACGCCACUCUGAGAGUCCUGAAGAGCAAAGUGCAGCAGAGAUACAAGAGGGACGUCCGGGCGCCAGAGCUGCUUUCUUGGGAGGCCGUGGAGCUGAUUGCAGAGCUGUCACUGUGUCCUCUCCCCACACACGCGGCCAUCUGUCAGCACAGCCAUCUCAGCAAGUACCGCACCAUCACAGGUGUCUGCAACAACAGGCAAAAUCCUCUCUGGGGAUCAGCCAACAUCGCCCUGGUCAGAUGGCUUCCGGCGGAAUACGAGGACGGGGAGAGAGAGCCAAAGGGUUGGAACGGACGGCGGCUCCAUAAUGGAUUCCAGCUUCCCUUGUCUCGGGAGGUCAGCCAGAAAGUCAUCGAGACCAAAACCAAACGGCUGGAGGACCAUUACUCUGAUAUGCUGGUGCAGUGGGGUCAGUACAUCGACCACGACUUCACAUUCACCCCGCAGAGCAACGGCGCCGGGGCCCAGUGGAUCGGUGCCGAGUGUUUGAACGUCUGCGACAAGAUGGACCCGUGCUACCCCAUCGAGGCCAAGGACCUGGGGCGCUGCCUUCCCUUCUCCCGCUCCCUGCCAGCCUGCUACUCAGGGUUUGGCUCCGACAUCCGUCAGGCUGUGCAGCAACAGCAGCUGAACACCAUCACGUCAGUCAUCGACGCCUCCAUGGUUUACGGCAGCAAUGAACGAGUGGCGGACUUCCUUCGCGACCACACGGGACGAAGCGGAAAGCUGAGGGGUAACCCUCAGUUCAAGGACCCCAGAGGAAGACCCUACCUUCCUUUUGAAGCCAAAGUGCCGUCGGAUUGCAAGCAGGGUCCCCACCACGAUCGAGUGGAGUGCGUUGCUACCGGGGACAACCGAGUCAGCGAAAGUCUGUCUCUGAUAUCGCUGCAUACACUGUGGCUGCGAGAACAUAACAGGCUCGCUGAAACCUUGAAAACUCUCAACCCCCACUAUAGUCCGGAAACCAUAUACCAAGAAGCUCGCAAGAUUGUGGGAGCCCUGCACCAGAUCAUCACCAUGAGAGAUUACUUCCCGAAAAUCAUCGGACCGGAAGCUUUUGAAUAUUACAUCGGGCCCUAUAGAGGGUACGACCCAGCUGUGAACCCCUCCGCAGCAAACGUUUUCGCUACCGCGGCCUUCCGCUUCGGCCACGCCACCGUCUCCCCGAUCGUCUGGAGGCUGAACGAGACUUUCCAGCCGCAUGAGCUCUUCCGUCCCCUGAGACUGCACGAGAGCUUCUUCAGUCCUUGGAGGAUCGUGAAAGAAGGUGGGCUUGAACCCGUCCUCAGAGGCUUCUUCGGAACGGCGGCAGCACAUGCACUCGCCGAAGAGCUGCUCACCGAUGAGUUGACAGACAAGCUGGUGGUUCUGCAGGUGCCCCACGAUAUGGACCUGGGCUCGCUCAACAUGCAGAGGGGACGCGAUCACGCCAUCCCUGCGUACAACGAUUGGAGGGAGUUCUGCGGACUGGAGCGAGUCCGGACUGUGGAGGAGCUUGCGGACGCUUUGGGGAGCUGGUCUGUGGCGGAGAAGAUUUUGCAACUCUACAAAACUCCAGACAACAUCGAUCUUUACCUCGGGGGGAUUGCAGAACGCUUCUUGCGGGGCGCCAGAACCGGUCCGGUUUUCGCUUGUCUCAUCGGGAAGCAGCUGAAAGCCAUGCGCGACGGCGACAGGUUCUGGUGGGAGCUUGACAGCCAGUUCACACCGUGGCAGAGGGAGGAGCUUUACAAACAUUCCCUAUCCAGGAUCAUCUGUGACAACACCGCCAUCCAGGAAGUCCCCUAUGAUGCCUUCACGUUCCAGAGAUACCCCUCUGGCUACGUCCCUUGCAGCCACAUACCUGCGCUGAACUUGGAAGCCUGGAGAGAAAUCCCACAUCCAGAACUGGAGCGCUGCGGUUCUCCGCGGCCGACAGCCAAUGGGGACUAUAUCCUGUCCAACGCAUCUGGCAAGCUGGUGGCGCUGUACUCCUGUUACCAUGGUUACAAAUUGAAAGGUGCAGCCGCAUUAGUAUGUGAGGGGGGUCGCUGGAAAGGCCACCCUCCACAGUGCACAGGUAAAGACGCAGCUCACUGAGGACUCAGUCCCACCUGACCUCACCUGCACUUCAGCUGCUCCAGUGGCAUGUGAUUAUUGAUCUCAUCUUUUUAAUCAUAGUUUCUCACUAUAAACACAUGCCUCCUCUGCUGCACUGUGCAGGCGGUGUUUCAGACAUAACUGGUCUUUAUGAGGCACAAUAUUUUACAGGAUUUCAUAUAAUUUUUCUGUUGACUAGACUUUUUUUUCCCCCCUUUUGGCAUGUCAGUUUUUUCAAAUUUUAUCAUCACUGUUGCAAUUGUAUGUCUGUAAAUGACAAUAACAAUGUAAUGUUCAUGUUUGAUAUUCAUUUAUGCCAAUUGUUUUUCUCUUUUUUUUCUAUUAUCACAGAUGACAAUUUCAUUCAUGCCAUUUAUUUUAUUUUCUUCAGUUUGUUUUUCUUUAUUUGGGAUUUUUUUCCGCAGCCAAUACUGUUGUUCACGUUUGGUUCAAUAUAGUUUUUUUUUUUUUUUUUUUUUUGAAAAAAGCCUUUUUUGGCGGUAGUUUUGUUGUGAACCUUGGAAAAAGAAAUUGUCGACCAUUUUAUUGUCUGUUUUUUUUUACUCUCUAUUUAUGCAACGGUUUAAAAAAUGAUUUACAGAAAAAAAUAUGAUUCUUCUUUAGCUUCUACAGCUAACCUCAUGAUGCUGAAUAGCAAAGGAAAAGAUCAGACAUCGACAAAUUGAUGGUUGUACAUAUAAUGUACGAAAGGUCUGAGCUAAUAAACAUAAUAAAUAAAGACCUUUCACCUUUCCUGUGAAGAAUAACCGUAAAACAAACACAGUCGCCACAAGGAAAGCAAAAAAAACAAGGUUCACUAGCGACCCCAAGUGGCUCAAGUCAGCCUUUAUGUUAUUUUUGAUGGGUGGUUGACUGUUAGCUCAGGGUCUCAGAACUGUGCACCUGGAGGAACGUCACUCAAGUGCAGGUGUCAGCCAUGAACUACAGUGAAGACAGUUGAGUGAAGUGAUCACAGACGCCUUUGUUUUCCCACUCAGUCGCGCCAUCCACAGCAGCGGCAGCAACACCGGACUCUUGUAGUUUCAGGAAACCUCUGAAAGGCUUAGGUCCUGGUCACCUCCUCCUCCUGGGUCGUCCUUGGCUAAAGCUGUGAUGUUCUCAUCAGUCUCCUUUAAUAACGUUUCCCGGCCGGAGAGGGAGGGACGACAGGAAGACGCCUUCUAAGACGCCUUUGGGUCACUCUGAGUCCUUGGUCAUGACAAAAAACCCAGACUUUGGCAAAACAGGUGCUUCGUGACACCUAUCGUAACCAGUCCACCUGUUUACGAUAAUCUCUUGCAGACGGUGUGAGCAACAUGCCUGCCUGGGCCUUUGCUAGUGAAGGGUGGAUGAGGCAUCAUGAAACAGUAUUGCUUGUUUGGGUUGUUGAAACAGUGUCCUAAU